UAGAAGCAAACCGUGUCACUGAAGAGACCCACCUGGAGAGGACAUCAGCCUCGGGAGGGGGGAAUUGUUCUGUUCUGACUUUUAGGGGAGCCGGCCCCUGAAGAUGUUCCAGGGCCCCAGAACUCAGGACUAGGAGAAGCCUCCCUCCCCAACUCCAACUGUACCUCAUUUCAGCCCUGGUGGAUCUGGUAACCCUCCAGAGUAGAUACAAUCUUUCUACAAGUCUGAAAUCCUGGGAUUUGUUCCCAUCACCUAGAAUCAGAAACAUUUCAGCACAACCAGGAAUUCCAGAGAAAACCAUGCCAGCUGAACAGAAGUCUCUGCUUUGGUCUCUGACCUGCAUUACCUGUCUUCUGAUUCUCCCAGCUGAGGGGCAAGAGGCUGCUGGACCUGAAGUGGUGACCCAAUUUGGUCGGGUCCGUGGGAAACAGGUCGCUGUCAAGGGAACUGACCAUCUUGUGGAUGUUUUCCUGGGAAUUCCAUUUGCCAAGCCCCCCAUAGGGGCUAGAAGAUUCUCUCCCCCGCAGCCUGCUGAGCCUUGGGAGGGUGUAAAAGACGCCACUGCAUUCCCCCCAAUGUGUUUGCAGGAGUUGGAAAGGACAGACAUUAUGAAAAACACCUUAGAUGGGAAACAGCAACUCUUCCCAGUAUCUGAAGACUGUCUCUAUCUCAACAUCUACACCCCAGCCUCCAGACACAAGAAGGAUAAGUUACCUGUGAUGUUCUGGAUCCAUGGGGGAUCAUUAGCGAUUGGAGGAGCUUCCUCAUUGGAUGGAUCACCUUUAUCAGCCUAUGAAGAUAUCGUGGUGGUAAUAGUACAAUACAGACUGGGAUUCCAGGGAUUCUUGAGCACUGGGGAUGAAUUUGCACCUGGUAACUGGGGAUUCCUAGACCUGGUGGCUGCUUUACAAUGGGUCCAGGGCAACAUUGCUCACUUUGGAGGAGACCCCAACUGUGUGACCAUCUCUGGACAGUCUGCAGGAGGAGCUUGUGUCUCUCUACUUGUUCUGUCUCCUGUGACCAAAGGUCUGUUCCACAGAGCCAUCUCACAGAGUGGGGUGGCCAUCAUGCCAGGUGUCAUCAUAGAUCACCCUCAACCCAUUUUUCAGGACAUUGCUCUCUUACAUGGCUGUGAAGGUUCUAGCUCAGCUGUUUUGAUCCGGUGUUUACGGAAUAUAGAGAACAUGAUAUUCGACAGGAAAUUCUCAUCUCUACCAUAUAUCCCAGCUACUGUGGAUGGUGUUCUCUUACCAAAGUUCCCAGAAAAGCUCCUCUUAGAGAAAGAAUUCCCAAGAAUUCCCUAUUUGUUUGGAGUCACCAAUCAUGAGUUUGGGCACAUGAUACCUUUGGCAUGGAUGCCCCAAAAUCUGGAAGAUGGAAUGAAAAAAGAAUCGGCACUUACCUUGCUGAAGAACAAAAGUGUUGUGUUGGGCACCCCUUCUGAGUUGAUCCAUCUCAUCACAGAUGAGUAUAUGGGUAACCAGACAGACCCAGUCGCCAUUCGGGAUGCAACUCUGGAUAUAUUUGGAGACUUCUUUAUCGUUUUUCCAACUCUGAGGACAUCAAAGAAACACAGAGAUUCUGGUGCUCCAGUCUACUUUUAUGAAUUCCAGCAUCGGCCAAGUGCUUUCAAUAAGAUCAAACCUGCUUUUGUAAAAUCCGACCAUUCAGCUGAGCUCACAUUCAUUUUUGGAGGCCCUUUCAUGACAGAUGAGCACUCCUUGUUGGCUUUUCCAGACUCCACUGAGGAGGAGAAACAGCUAAGCAGAGUAAUGAUGAGAUACUGGGCCAAUUUCAUUCGGAAUGGGGACCCCAAUGGAGAAGGGCUGCCCAGCUGGCCCCUUUAUGACCAAUCAGAGCCAUACCUAGAGCUCAGCUUGACUCCCAGAGUCGGAAGGAAACUCAAAGAGGACGGAAUGGAGUUUUGGGGGAAAUUAAUUCGUGAAAAAGUGAAGCCAUAUUAUGAAGGAAAGAAAGUACACACAGAGUUGUGAUUUCCCCAGCACUGAACUAACUUAACACAUCAAGACCAAAGCAUUUAAAGAGAUCAUUUUAACAUCUUAAACGUUUUGUGUGUGUUUACAACAACAAACAAACCAAUAUAACCAAAUAAAAAUUUAUAACCAAAAUAA